AUGCUGCCGGGGAGGCUGUGCCUGGUGCCGCUCCUGCUGGCGCUGGGCGUGGGGAGCGGCGGCGACAGCGACAGCGACCGCGGCGGGGGCGGCCGGCGGCGCCGCCUCCUCCUCGCCAACAAAGUCAACAAACACAAGCCAUGGAUUGAGACAUCGUAUCAUGGAGUCAUCACUGAAAACAAUGACACAGUCAUUUUGGACCCACCACUGGUAGCCCUUGAUAAAGAUGCACCCAUUCCUUUUGCAGGGGAAAUCUGCGCCUUCAAAAUCCAUGGCCAGGAGCUGCCCUUUGAGGCUGUGGUGCUCAACAAGACAUCCGGGGAGGGCCGACUCCGUGCCAAGAGUCCCAUUGACUGUGAGCUGCAAAAGGAGUACACGUUCAUCAUCCAGGCCUAUGACUGUGGUGCGGGGCCCAGGGAAGCAGCCUGGAAGAAGUCACACAAGGCUGUGGUCCAUAUCCAAGUGAAGGAUGUCAAUGAGUUUGCUCCUACCUUCAAAGAGCCAGCCUACAAGGCCAUUGUCACUGAGGGCAAGAUCUAUGACAGCAUCCUGCAAGUGGAAGCCAUUGAUGAGGACUGCUCCCCUCAGUACAGCCAGAUUUGCAACUAUGAAAUCGUCACAACAGAUGUGCCUUUUGCCAUCGACAGAAAUGGCAACAUCAGGAACACGGAGAAGCUGAGCUAUGACAAGCAACAUCAGUAUGAGGUCCUGGUGACUGCCUAUGACUGCGGACAGAAGCCUGCGGCUCAGGACACCCUGGUGCAGGUGGAUGUAAAGCCAGUGUGCAAGCCUGGCUGGCAAGACUGGACCAAAAGAAUCGAGUACCAGCCUGGCUCGGGGAGCAUGCCCUUGUUCCCCAGCAUCCACCUGGAGACUUGCGAUGGAGCUGUGUCCUCACUCCAGGUCACUGUGGAGCUGCAGACAAACUAUAUUGGCAAGGGAUGUGACCGGGAGACCUAUUCUGAGAAAUCCCUUCAAAAAUUAUGUGGAGCCUCCUCUGGUAUCAUUGACCUCUUACCAUCUCCCAGCACAGCCACCAACUGGACUGCAGGAUUGCUGGUGGACAGCAGCGACAUGAUCUUCAAGUUUGAUGGCAGGCAGGGUGCCAAGAUCCCUGAUGGGAUUGUCCCCAAGAACCUGACAGACCAGUUCACCAUCACCAUGUGGAUGAAACAUGGCCCCAGCCCGGGUGUGAGAGCUGAAAAGGAAACCAUCCUUUGCAACUCAGACAAAACUGAAAUGAACCGGCAUCACUACGCCCUUUAUGUGCACAACUGCCGCCUCGUCUUCCUCUUGAGGAAGGACUUCGACCAAGCCGACACCUUUCGCCCAGCAGAGUUCCACUGGAAACUGGACCAGAUUUGUGACAAAGAAUGGCAUUACUAUGUCAUCAAUGUGGAGUUUCCUGUGGUCACCCUAUUCAUGGAUGGAGCAACAUAUGAACCAUACCUGGUGACCAACGACUGGCCCAUUCAUCCAUCUCAUAUUGCCAUGCAACUUACUGUUGGCGCCUGUUGGCAAGGAGGAGAAGUGGCCAAGCCACGCUUUGCUCAGUUCUUCCACGGAAGCUUGGCCAGUCUCACCAUCCGCCCUGGAAAAAUGGAAAGCCAGAAGGUGAUUUCCUGCUUGCAGGCCUGCAAAGAAGGGCUGGAUAUUAAUUCCUUAGAAAGCCUUGGGCAAGGAAUAAAGUAUCACUUCAAUCCCUCACAGUCCAUAUUGGUGAUGGAAGGUGAUGACAUUGGGAACAUCAACAGAGCCCUCCAGAAGGUCUCCUACAUCAACUCCAGGCAGUUCCCAACAGCAGGCGUCCGGCGCCUCAGACUCUCCUCCAAAGUCCAGUGCUUUGGGGAAGAUGUGUGCAUCAGCGUUCCCGACGUGGAUGCCUAUGUGAUGGUCCUGCAGGCCAUAGAGCCCCAGAUCACCCUCCAGGGUACAGAGCGCUUCUGGAGACCUGCUGCCCAGUUUGCAAGUGCCAGAGGAGUGACCCUCUUCCCUGACAUCAAGAUCGUGAGCACCUUCACCAAAGCCGAGGCCUCUGGGGACAUGAAAACCACAGGCACAGCUCCCAAGUCAGCAGUCUUGGAAGAAAUGCUACAUAACUUGGAUUUCUGUGACAUUUUGGUGCUUGGAGGGGACCUGGAUCCAAGGCAGGAGUGCUUGGAACUUAACCACAGUGAGCUCCACCAACGACACUUGGAUGCUACUAACUCCACUGCAGGCUACUCCAUCUAUGGUGUGGGCUCCAUGAGCCGCUAUGAGCAAGUGCUGCAUCACCUCCGCUACCGCAACUGGCACCCCACUUCCCUUGAGACCCGUCGGUUCCGGAUCAAGUGCUCAGAACUCAAUGGGCGCUACACUAGUAAUGAGUUCAACUUGGAGGUCAGCGUCCUCCAUGAAGUCAGAGUCCCAGACAGGGAGCAUGUCAACCAUCUUAUUGUGCAACCUCCCUUCCUCCAGUCUGUCCAUCAUCCCGAGUCCCGGAGCAGCAUCCAGCGCAGUUCAGUGGUCCCGAGUAUUGCCACAGUGGUCAUCAUUAUCUCGGUGUGCAUGCUGGUGUUUGUUGUGGCCAUGGGUGUGUACCGAGUCCGAAUCACCCACCAGCACUUCAUCCAGGAGACCGAGGCUGCCAAAGAAGCCGAGAUGGAUUGGGAUGACUCUGCACUGACCAUCACAGUCAACCCCAUGGAGAAACAUGAAGGUCCAGGGCAUGGAGAAGAUGAAACUGAGGGAGAGGAGGAAGAGGCAGAAGAAGACAUAAGCUCCAGCAGCAGCAGCUCAGACGACAGUGAAGAGGAGGAGGAGGAGGGGCUGGGCAGAGGCAAACGUGGGCAGAGCACUGCCAGGCAAGCCCAGCUGGAGUGGGAUGACUCCACCCUCCCCUACUAGCGUGCACAGGCCUACUGUCGAGCCUCUGUGUCCCUUUUGUAGAACCCAACCUGAUGUAUGCCCGAGCCUAUCACACUCGCCUCUGAUUUCCAUGACAGGUCUGGGAAGGUCUUCUCCAGCUUCCUGGAGCCUGCCCUUUGUGCUUUGGGCACUGCCUAUGACCCAGGCAUAGGGCAGCUCUAAGAGCCCAGCACCAACUCCAGUGAUGACUUCAGGGUGGACUUGGUCCUGUAGCCCUCACUCCUCCUGCCCUGGGCUCACCCAGUAUCCUGUCAGCCAGUCUGCAGAGUUCUAAACAUCUUGCUCUUUCUCUGCAAGGGAGAAGGUCCACCUUGAUGUCGCUCACACCUCCUAGGCUCAAUGUUCUCAAGGCCCCUGGGUUUCCACUCAUUAAGUGUGCACAUGACGAAAUGGUCUCUCCACCACCCACGUCAGCAGGUCCUCCCUGUGCUAACUUGCCAGGAUUCUUACAUGGGAAGGUGGCAGAGCCUCACAUAUCUGAGCACUUGGGACUUUACUACUGAAAAAAACAAAAGAUCUUGUUGAGGCAGAAUGAGAUUCUGUGGGGAGAAAAAGACACACAUGUUUGCACAUACAUGCAUGUGUGUAGACCAGCUUGAAGAGCCUUUUUCUUCCUGUUUCUUUCUGAGACCACAUCAGCUCAUAGAACAAGUCCAAAACCAGAAUUUUGUCCUUGACCAUCAAUAGAGCACAGGGGCUGCUGCCAACCUAUGUAGGGAAAGCCAAGAUUUAGAUGACUAUCCUGGUCAGGCCUCUCACCACAGGGUCCAGGAAGCACUUUACGUAGGCACUGCCAUGGUACAGCAGGGCAUGGCUACUGCCAGGAGCAGAAGGAAGGGUGGAUGGGGUGACACAGCAGGACUUCAUGGUGGACACCUACCUGCUAUGACAUAGGGUGGGCAUGGUUGGAUUUCUUCAGACAAGGGCAGCCCGAAGGUUGACCAAGUUCUUGCCACAUUGCCUGUGGUCUCCUAUGUCACGCAGUUUUCCUCUUGAGAAAAUAUGCCCUUCUCAGAUGUCGUAGAACAAACAUGAGCUCUGCCGAUCUGAGAUGAAAGUGUGGGAUUUUAACUGUUAGGAAUUAGAAGCAUAUUUGCAAUAAUAGCAGGCGAUUCUUUCUUCUCAUGAAAGGAAGAAGGUUUCGAAUAGAGGGCAAAUGUAUCAAAAACCCUAAUUUUUCUUAUUCUUUCUUCUUAUUUUAAUAAGGAAGACUUUUCCAUCUCUAUUCUAACAUGGGCAUUUCAUGAGGAAAAUUGUUGCUAUAGUAACUGGUGGGCAAUCUUUUGUGGCCUAGAGAAUAGCAGGGCAAGAAUUAAGGCCACUGCAAGACUUCUACAAGGCUCUGAGGACAUGUCUGUUUCAAACAUCUUGAGCUCCUCUGUCUUCAGUCUCUAUAGGACAUUCCCAUCAUUCCACUCCUCCCCAAGCCCAUCUCGCUGGUUUGGCCCAGGUGCAAAGCUCGUCCCUAGUUGGUGAACUGCCUUCUGACUGGGAAGAACAACCUUGGGCAGAUUUGUCCAUCUCCUGAAGUAUUUUGUGCAUCCUGUACCUCCUUUAAGCUUCUCAAGAAUCCUUAGAAAUAUGUGAGACAACUGUUAUGUGGUGUAUUUAUGAUGGGCAAACUGAGAGUCAGCUCAGAGAGUCACUGUGUUGCUCAGAGUGGUUCAGAGGUGUAGUCAAGGCUGGACUGUCCAUCUUCUACUCCCAGUCCAUGGUUCUAAUCAUGUUCAUAUUGACAUGCAUUUCUGGGCACCUGCUAUAUGCUAAGCACUCUACCAGCAGCUGUGGGAAAGUGAUGAAUCGGAAUGAGAUAAGCCCUCCACACAGAGGACUUAAUAGAUGUAGAAGGACUUAGACUUGAGAUUAUACAGGAGACUUGAGGAGGCAGGGAAAGAAGACACAGGAAGAAGAGGACCACAUUUACAAAAUGCAACCAAUCCUCUAAAGUUUUUACUUCUUGAGGAAAAAGACUGGAAGAAACUUGAGGUUUUAUAUUCAUUAAGAGAAAAUAGACUCAUCUCCUGUGAAUUAUCCCAAUCAAAUUCCCCCUUUUCUGUCAGGCCCUGUCUGCACAUCUACAAGGAGAAAAUCUGUAGAACUAGUUAGACUUCACAGUCCCAUUAUUUUAAAUAAAAAAGGCAUUCUUAAGUUGGGCAUUUAGGAGCUACUGAAUUCUCUCAAAAUUAUGGCAGUAAAGGGAACACUUUAUAUGUUUAAAACCAAUCCUUUUUGAAUGGGAUUUUGAUUGCAAAUAUUUAAUUCUAGGGUUUACGAGAGCACUUUUCUCUGCUCCAUCUUUUCAGUUCGAUUGGCGGGAAAACUGCCUCACGCCCUCCAGUUGCCUCUUAUGGAUGUAUUUCUUAUUCAUGGCUGGGUGAGAUUUUCUUUUGGAGUCUUAGAAGAUCUUUGUGUUUUUCUAAGGGUGAGGGGGUAGUGUAGAUAAAAGUGGAAUCUGGGUAGAAUAGCAAAGAUGUGUCAUUUGAUGGAGUAUUUGGCAACUGGGCUCAUUUGUAAAGAAAAGGUAAUGACAAUAAGCCCUGGCACUCUCUUCUGCUUGUGCUGCGAGAAGUCAAUCUGCAUGCCAGCUCCAAGGAGGUGCCUCAGAAUGUCACUGGGCAAGCAGGCUUUUUCCGUGUUCCCAACACCCUUGUCACUUCCACAGGUGAGAUCAUGAGGAGAGUAGUUAUCAAAGUAGCAAGCUUCAGUGCAAGUGAAUGUGCCUCCCACCAGAAACCUGACCACGAGUGAAAAAUAUUAAUCACACUGGCAUUUUCCAUCCUCCAUAGGCGGCCAUUUUGGACCUCAGAUUCCCAGAUGAUCUAGACUCCAUGUGACCUCUCAGGCAAACCUCAGCAGCCAGGCAGAGGAAUCCUCAGGCCCAGGAGAGGCAGCUGGUUGGUCUGGCCACAGGCCAGUCCAUUGCUCAUUUUGCCAAGUGGACAACCUGGGUCUGUUUUUCAGAACUUGAAAAUAGAUAGAUUGCCACUUCUUAGGUGACUCAUGAUUGGGAGGAGGAGAAAGAGGUUGCUGAGACCAGAAAAGGCUAAUACAGACUGAGUUGCUUUACUAAGUAAAGUAAAGCCAUUAACUAGAUGGAGAACUGUUUAAAAGAAUAUUAAAAGUAUAUCAAAUACUUAUAAACAAAUGUUGUUAAGUCUGAUCUGGGCACCAAUUCACCUAGAUACUGAAUAAUGUCAUUUCAGUGGCAGCUCUUUUCCUGACCACUUUGUUGAACUAACCAAUCACCUUACCUCCCAGGGUUAGACCACCCUUCUUUUUAGUUAGCAAGGGCCAUCCCUGGUGACAUGUCUUCUCAAAGGGGAAGACUCCUGCUGGGAAAUACUGUCCUCCUUUCCUGUGUGAUAGAAAGCAUCCUACUAUAUUUGGAAAGAUCUGGUAGAAAAUCCUUGGGGCUUUGCAGAUCAUUUGAUGUCUGUUACAUACUCAACUGCUAUCUUGUAGCCUUGUAGCAUGAAAUCAGCCACAGACAACGCAUAAACCAAGGAAUGUUCCAAUAACACUUUAUUCAUCUGCGUCCCAAUUAAACUUUAUUUAUGGACAAUGGGAAAAAAGAUGCAAUUUGAAUUCAUAUAAUUCUCACAUCAUGAAUUUUUGUAUUCUUUUGAUUUCUUGAUAUAGAAAGAAACUUACAGCCAGGCAGAUCUGUGAGAGGAGAGUAUGAGUGGUCCUCUAACCUGUCCUCACAGAAAGCAGCUAUUUCCCAGAGGAAAGCAAACUCUGUCCUCUUGGCCUCCCAUCAACCACCUAGGGGCCAUUGCCUUAAACUAAACAGCUGGAAAACCCCAGGACCUUCCAUUAAAGCUGUUUUAAAAGUUUAGAGGAGGUAAGAUAUAAAUAAGCAAUCAAAAACCAAACAAGAAAACAACAACUACUGGUUGUUUUUGAGUUGACAAGCUCAGAAAAAUAUUCCUAAGGAGCAAAGGCCUUGGGCCCAGGGAACAGACUAAUCACAGAGUGCUAACUCUAUGGAGGCAAGUGUUAACUCCCCAGGCUUAACGCCUUUCCAGCCUAGCUUAGUCCAUAAUGAUUUCUAAGCAGGAGUGUUCAUUAUCCCUGACUGAUUUUCAUUUCAGCCUUGCUCAUGCCAUUGCUCUAAAAAUGAUCCUAAAGACUUGUGACUGUUUAAAUCAAUAGCAACACAAUCAGCAGAAAGCCCUAUGCAGCACACUUCAAAAUUAGCAGUCUUCUUGGCACCAUGACUCAAUAUUAGCAAGAGGGGGAAAAAAAAAAGAGAAAGGGCACUUUUUCUUAAUCAUUUCCUUGUUUAAAUUAGCCAAAUAGGUUUUACAAAAAAAAAAAAGAAAGAAAGAAAGAAGGAAAGAAAGAAAGAAAGAAGGAAAGAAAGAAAGAAAAGAAAGAAGGAAAGAUAGAAGAUAUAGAAAGGUAGGGGAGUAAGUCCAUUUCUUUUUUGCCAGUGAAAAAUGGAUGAUAUUCACAUAAGAUGAUUUUCCAGCCUCUAGGGGAUUCCGCAAAGCCUCCUGCAGUGUGCUCUACCAGGCUAUGAUGGCACAGGCUUCUCUAUCUGCACUGGACAUUUAUCGAGGCUGACAAGCCGAAGCCCUUGGCACAGUUUAAUUUUCAUGUAACCAUUUUCCAUUGUCCAGCUGUAGGCAAAGGAAAUGAGCAAUGGAAGUUUUGAAGUCUGCUUCAGAGCCCUCAUUUGCCUGUCUUUAUUUGCUUUGCUUUAUCAAUUUAUUCUGUAUCUGUUCCAUAGAUCCUGACUUAGUUUUUUUUUUUUUUUUUUUUUUUUUUUUUUACAGUGAUUAUCAGAGUUGGCUUUAUAGGAACUACUGAUUAGGAGCCAAAUUUGAUUUUGUUCCAUGUGAUGAGAGAGAAAGAGAGAGAGAGAACUACUUCCACUAGCACCCCAAUUCAAUCAUUCCUAUGUGCAGUCCAUAAGCAGGUGGGAGUCUGUAUAUGCAAUCAUGUUCACUGAAUUCAGCAAGGCCUCACUGAACAGCCAAGUAUAUGCCAGACCCUGAGCCAGAAACAGUGGAAGUGAGAAUGAAUGAGACAGGGCCCUGCCCAGAAGCAUCUCCUGAUCUGGUUAGCUUUGGGAUGUGCUCUUGGCUGGAGGCUCUCCACAAGUAGUCAGAACUGUUAUGGGUAGAAGUUAUCCUCUUUAAGUCAAAUGGUACAUAGGAUUCCAGGGACUCUGGCAGGCCUCACUGAAUAGACUGAGAAAGUCUCUAGAGAAAUAAGUGAUGUUUCCCUACAUGUUCCUUGCUCACUUAUAGGGGAAAGUCAGUCACUCUUUCUCCUGGGCAUAGAUAACUUGGCUGAGAUUUGGUAAGGACAAGGCAGAAGAAGUCAGGAAGCAGCCAAGUGGACUAUGCAAGUUAGAAACAGUGGUUUAAGUAGCAGGGAAUAUUGUCAACCGAAGCCCAAAGCUUGGCUAGUUUAAUAUGAGGGUGCUCCUCUGACGCUUAAGAUCAGGGUGAGACGCGAAGGCAGACACACUCUGAAGGACCUAUGGAGGACUUGCACCAGUCCACAAGCUCCAGCAUCGCCUGGAAACUGGCUCGACACGUAAAUUCUCAACCCCCAUUCAGACCUACUGACUCAGAAACUCUGGAGGUGGAAACCAGUAAGAUGUGCUUGCAUGAGCUAUGAUUCUGAAGCACACCCGAGUUUGGGAAUCACCAAUAUAGAAGGAGAGAACAGCUUCUGAUGGCAUGCAAUUUAGAGCAGCUGCUAUUAUGCAACAAGAUUAUGAUAAUCAUCUCCUAGUGUAGUGAGUAGAGGGAUUAUGUGACCAAACAGACCCACAGGGCCUUCAAGGAUCCAGUUCAUACUCCCUAAAGCAAUAGUUUCAAGGAACCUUGGUCCCAGUGAGACACUUCCUGCCCUUGUCCCCUUUCUGUCCCACAAAGAGGCACAGCCCAGGAUAGCUGUAGCAAGGCCACGCAUCCCAGGGAGACCACCUGCCAAGUCCCUGUCCACUGAGCAGCCUCUUGAGUCAUAUUUUAGGGGGAAACAAUAAAACUGCAGUGAUGACUUCAGAGCACUGAGACAACUUCCUUGUUUCCCGUGUGUGUCCUGGUGGAGCAGCCAGAGCCUGGCAGAGGGAGCAGGGUCAUUCAAGGACACAGCCAGGUUACUGCAGCACUGUCCAUUUGCAGUGAGACUGGGGAAUGCAGCCACAAUUCAAACACUAAAGUGCAUGGGGAAUGGAUGGCUCUUGGUAACAGGGCAGUAACUCAUGUUACUAAAAGCAGAAAACAAACCUUCAGCUUCACCUACAGUGUGAGUCUAGACGCUCUCAUUUCUAAGGCCUGUAUAGGUGCAAGCCUCCACCAUUGCCCUUUCCCAGACCUACCUGAAGUCUGAGGCUCAUCAAUCAGUGAUUUAUGGCAUAAGCUCGGUGAAGGUGCACAACCUUCUGGAGGAACUCCUCAGUGCUUUAUUGAUCAUUUCACCCAAUUGUGGUCUGUGUCUUUCCUCACAGGAGGAUCUCAAGGUCAGGAGUCAGAGAGCACAAAGGAGCAGCAGACAGGAGGGAAGCCCAGGCACAUAGCCCGGAGAACCAGCACUAGUGUUGGCUACAUAAAACCCUAAGCCCUGUCUUGCUCAAAGAUAAGUCCCCUCAGUAGAUUACUCUUAGAACACCCAAAGGGAGCCUCGUUUCUCUGCCUCAUCAUUAGACAAGGUCUUGAGAUUGGAUCUCCACCCAUUCUUCAGAUUCAAGAUUGAGAAUAUAUCCAUCUCUAAGAAGCAAGCAUCAGUUUAAAAAAAUAGGAAAAGAACAAGACUUUCCAGUUGUUUGCCUGUGAAAAAAGUAUGGGGAAACCAGAGAGAGGAGUUUUUCUUUACAGCCUGGCCUUGCCGAGUGAAUCCCCUGCUGAUUCAUUUCUCUCUCCAGACUUAAAGCAACUUUAUAUGUUUCCCUUGCACUAGUUAUUUAUUUCAAAGGCCUCCUAUGAGAUGAAACAGAAGGCGAUGAAGGGUUAGUUCUGGAAUCAGGGUGAGCCCAAUUCUUAUUGACUGGCAGGUUGGGUCAUCCUUGGGAAGACCGGGAGGGAUGAAACACAAGAGGGGCCAUCAGGUAGAAAUACCAGCCACUUAACACUUGCAUGCAAUAGAAACAGUAAAGAGAACUUCAUCCAAGCUGCAUGUCUCUUGGUAUCUGUCUGAAAUGGCCCUUGCAUUCUGAGGAGCAGAGACGAGCUAGCACCUCUACACUAUGGGCAUGGCACAUCCACAAGGCAGGGCCCCUCUCCAUGAGAACUUCCAGGCGAAUAAAAUAGAAACACAGUCUUCCUUUCCCAGGACCCUGUGAUGGGGACCCUGGAAAACAUGGCUGUGGGGGAUUAGUAUGUACUCUCAACUCUUGCUACCUCUGCUUUGCACCUACCCAAGGCAAGAGGAGAAACUAUCAUAUCCCAAAAUACUGGGUGCCAAGCACUGCCCCUGGCCCACAGCAUAGACUCCACAAGUGUCAAAUUGAAUGGAUCCUCAGAGAUCACCUGGCCUCAAAUAAUGAUGUGGUUCUUAAAAUUAAGAUGCCCUUUUGAAAAACAUCUCCUCCUUCCCCUUGGUGUAUAAGUCAAGGUCCUUUAUAAAAUCAGAUGGAGGGAGAAGGAAAGUACAUGGAAAGUGAUAAGAUAAGACUUCUGUGGACUGAAUUGAGGCAGAGAGAGGUGAGUUGUUGGCAAAGUGAUCCUUCCUGGCUAAAACUAGUGAACAGACUGCCUAAGCAAGGAGCAAGAGUAGAUAGAACUCCACUUGUUCCAGUCCGUGGGUCAUGGGCAGUACCCUGGCUAAGGAAAGCAAGCUCUAAUUUGCUAAUGACACCAACCUAUGCCACUCUCCCAUCCCUUUUAUCAGAUUUACCACGGAGAUUCAUCAACAUGAAGCUCAAUUCCCCAUAGCCCAAUGAAAUACAGGUGGGGUAUAUUAAUCACAGGCAACAACAGAAAAAAAAAAAAAAAGGAUUGGCUCUAAUAUCUGCUUUUAUCUGGAAAUGAAAAUGUACCUCUGUUACCUGGACCCUCCUAUAGAACAUUGCAGAACAGAAAUGUGACACAAACAUCAAGGAGUCCUUUCUCCAGCAGAAAGAGCUGUCCAAGGCAGAGAAUCAAUCCAUGGGUCUUGGGUCUAGACUCAAGCACCUCUAUGGGAAAGGGAUGCGAAGGAACGAGAGGGUGGCAUCUGCUUUCUGGAAGGAUUCCUUAGAGUCUUGGUCCCAAAGCUCACAAAUCUGAAUAGAAUGUGUGCAUGUGUCUUGGGAGGCAAAAGUACAGCCUUGCUAGUCAUCCAUAAGAGCAGAAUGUGGCACCCACCCACCCACCUUCAAGCCUUUUUCCAAGCUCCUAAGUUGCCCAUGGUGGGCAGAGUUGUCGUUUUCAGUCAUAUCUUAGAGGAUAGAAAUGAAGCAGGAGUUUUGAGGAAAGUGUGUCAGACUUGAAACCCAGCUAACUCAUCAAGAAAUAAGAGAUUGAAGAAGGGAACAGAGCUAGAGAGGGAACAGGAAGUUGAAGUGGCAGCACAGGAGUGACUCCUCAUCCAGGAAGCCAGAACACUGCUCUCUGCAUUUAACGUGUCUGCUCUGUAUAUGCAAGUUUUGAAAGCAUUAUGGGUCCUGUGGGUGAUUUCACCACAGAGACAGGCAUGGUCAUUCCUUCCCAGGUCAGAGCUGUUAGACGGUGAGGACAGCCCACUCGGGCUGCUUUCGGUCUGAUUACGGCAGCUUCCACAGAAGGGCUGUUGAUGCUUAAAGCUGGACAGCCAUGCCAGUUUGGAGAAAACCAGGUGGAGAAUUAGAGAAAAGAAAUUGGAUGUAGAAGAUGGAUGUUCUCAAGGAAAAGUAUAGGUACAAGAUUUGGGUUUGUUAUGUUAUUGCAUGGACAUAACAUUCACAAGAAAGUAGGAAUGGUCCAGUGGGGAAUUAGUUUAGAAGAGUAGAGUAUUAAAUAUAAAAUACCAGACAUCACUAAGGCUAAGAGCAGCUAUUAAUAUAUGUGUGUAUAUGCCAUAUACAUAUCUAUAAUACAGAAGUAAGAUGCAUAAUAAAGAGAUUAAUGAUCCCAACUAGUUUAAAUUCCUCACUAAUGCUAGAUUAUUAAUUUUUUGUGUAUGUGUAACUUACCUUUAUCUCUCAGAGCUCUAGGAAUGGUGCCUAGCACAGAGUAGGAGUUUGGUAAAUGUUUAGAAAUGACAGGUCUAACUUCUCAUUACUUGGUGAGAUUCCAUAGUGUCUCUACACUCCAAACUGAAUGAGCCAAAGAGAGGCAGGCUGUCCACACAGGCCUCUGAGCUUACGGAAACUGCUGUGAAUUCAGAUUCCAGCCUCCUGUCAGCCUGCUGCAGACACUAGGCCUGGCUCUCCGGCAGUGAGCAGCAACAGGACGUUGCUCACAGUGGCAUACACACACUUGGACCACAUCUGAGUAACACCCUCUAGGUAUGCGCUUCACCCCUCACUAUUGUCUGCCAUUUCCUAAGGAAAACUCUGGUGAAUUUGUCAUCUCCAAGCUUGGUUCUGGAACUAAAUGUAAAGGUUCAGGGUUCGGCCAGUCUCUCUGGUCUAGGGAGUUCUGCUCUCACCCUUGUCCUCCUCCCAUCUCUGGAGAUGCUGCUACUAUUUAGAUGCCUUAUAUGAGAAGCCUGUUGAUUCCCAGAUCCUUAACCCCAGAGCAUGGAAAACGUCUGAGGCAGAGAGGCAAGCUUGUCCUGCCGCAGCCUCUGUGGGGCCCACCUUGGACAGAAGAGAAACAGCCUCACCCUCAAGGACUGCCUUCCAUCAGCUCCCCACUGGGAAGUGACUGCCAGAUCUGUUAGCACGCCUCCCACAAGGGCCUACUUCACCCCAAGGACUAGUUAGUGUGCACUUGCACUUGGCUGAUUUCUGAACAUCUUAAGCUGCUCCGAAAAUGAAUCUUCUUAGUCUAGACUAUGUAUUUAUUUGGUAAUGAUGCGACUGUAUGUAUAUGAGUGUGAUGCAAUGCAAACCUUGAAAUGACUUAUUAGAAGGAUUUAUGAAUUAUAGAAAAUCAAAUCUAACUUCAGAAGCACGCAUCAACUUGUCUGUCAACAAGUUUGCCCCGCCCUUAAUCAGACAAGACCCUUCCCUCCCUAACCCCUUCCUUGGUACCUCUCCCCUCCCUGUACUGCCAUACCAGACCCAAACUGAGGCAGAGUGAGUGGUGCCAAGUCCACAUGUACAUAAAGAUUAGGAGGAAAGUAACCUGACAGGAAGCUGCUGAACUUCUUCCCGUGACUGCGAUCUUACCAUGUUAAAAUCACAAACUUUAAAUUUCUAACAAUUACAACUCUCGCUGUUUCUGAGUAAUUUGUUAAAUGGCUAUUCAACACAGACAGAUAUUUAUUUUCAGCCUUGGCUUGUAAAUGCCUACAAACUGAUUCAUGUUGGUGGUCAUUAUGACACUUCUGUGAAUUGGUGAAUAAAUAUGAUUUUAGAAUUUCACAGUAAAA